AUGAAUAAUAAUUUAAAUUAUGCUACAUAUAAUUAUCCAAAUUUAAUGGUUACAGGAAAGAGCAUUCCUACUCAACAAAAAUCUGUGCCUUCCUCUACAAAUGUUGCUUUUGGUAGAGGAAUAACAACAAUUACACGUAGAAAACAGCAACAACAAUUAAAUGAAAAACAAAAUUAUUUAAAUAAAAAUAAUAACACAAUAAUUCGAAGGAGUGGAAGUGCUGGACAAUUAGCUGAUAAUAAUCGAAGAGAGUCAACAAUUUCAACUUCUGCCGUUUCAGUUUUUAAUACUUCAACUCAAAAUAGUAGAAGAGUUGUUUGUAAUUGUAGAAAUGGAAACUGUAAAUGUGUGCCAAGUAUGGCUUUUUUAGAGGGGGUUUAUGUCCAGAAUUUGCAAACACAAAUUGAGGUGCUCGAAUUGGAAAAUGCUUAUUUACGAGGUGCUACAGACAGAGGUGCUUUAUUUGCAAAACAACCAACAACCGAAGACAAUUAUUAUAAUAAUAUUCAGAAACAAAGAAAUUCUUCAAAUUUAUUUAAUAAUCACGAAAAAAGAAAAAUAAAUAAAAAAGACGAAUUUGAAGAUAAAAAAGAAGAAAUAUUAAAUAAUUUAUUAUUAAAAAAAGAAAAAAGAGUUGGGUUUUUUAAUGGAGAAAAUGAAAAAAGAAAAGAAAUAAUUAAAGAUUGGGAAGAAAGUUUUGAUUAUAGUGGAGGGGAUGAUUCUGAUAAUAAUAAUUGGAAGAGAAGAAAUGAAGAAAGAAAAAUUAAAGAAGAAGAAGAGGAAGAAAAAAGAUUUUUGUUAUUAGGAAGAAGAAAAGAGAAGAAAGAAUUUGAAGAAAGGGAAGAACUUGUAAAACAAGAAAUUAGAAUAAAAGAAGCGGAAAUUUCGAGGAUUAAAGGGGAAAGGCAAGAAUUGGAGAGAAAACUUAGAUUGGCAGAAGGAAAAAUGAGUGAUGAAAGGCGAUCUUUGCAUACAGAAAAUGUAGAAUUACAACGUCGAUUAGAAGGAUUAACCCCUUUACUUGCUGAAAAAGAAACAAAAUUAAUUAAAUUAGAACAAGAAAUUGAAAUAUUAAAUAACAAAUUAAAACAACAAAUUAAAGAAAUUGAAAAUUUAAAAAUAAAUUUAGAAGAAAAAUUAAAAGAAAAUUUAAAACAAAAAAGUGAAGGGGAAAGAAUUGAACAACGUUUUAAAUUAAAUAUAGAAACUUUAAAUAAUGAAUUGGAAGAAAGUAAAAUAAGAGAAGCUGACUUGGAGAGAGAAUUGAGUGAAACAAAAAUAAAAUCAGAACAAAGAGAAGCUAGUUAUCGUCGAGAAGAACAUGAACGUUAUCAAAGAGUAAUUGAUGAACUUAAUGAACAAUUACAACAAAUAAAUGAACGCUUUGAAAGGUCGGAACGUGAAAGGAGUGAAGCAGAAAUAAAAAUUGAUGAAUUGAGGCAAAAGAAUGACAUUCUCGAAAUGGAAUUAGAAUUAGCACAUGAUAAAAUGUCUCAACAACAAGAAACAUCAAGAACUUUGGAAGAAAAACAAAGAGAAUUACAUUUACAAGAAAAAGAGCACCGUUCAGCACAAGUUAGAGCCCAAAGAGAAUUAGAAGCAUUACAAAGUCUUUCCCAAUCACUUGCAAACGAAAAUAAAGGAUUGAGAGAAGAAAGAGCUGAUUUGGAAGAAAGAAUUGGGGAAUUAACUGAAAUGGUUUUUAAUUUUAAAUAAUUCAAAAA